UGCUUGUUAUUUCUCUUUUCCCACCCUUCUCUUCAGUCUUCACUGUGUUUUAGUUCGUCGGUCGUUGGUCUCUACCUCCUUGGUUUUGUUCAACCAAGUUUCUGGCCGUUAUUGGGUUGUGGGCUAAACUAUUUCUGCUUUUAGGACACACUUUUUUUAAGGCUUUUUAGGACACACUUAAGUAAUCGAUUAACUGAUCCUUGUGAUGCGGGAUUGAUUUAUGUUCUUUUUUUUUUACUGUCUACUAUUUGGCAAUUAAUGUACUUUUUUAUAAACAUUUCGUAGCAGUUUCAUAAUAGAGUAUUCUACCGUUUUAUAGAGUAGUCGUGGUGUUAAUUCGGAAAUUCCGUUUUUAUUUUUAGCAUGUACAAGGAUGGGAGCAAGUGAUGAACAUUAUUUCCUCUUUCCCUUCAGCUUUUUUUCAUCUCGAUUUUCCGGUGUUCUUUUUUGUAGUGUUUAGGGUGUUCUACUAAGUUAGUCUAAGGAAAAUAUUUGGAAUCGUUUACUCUUUUUUCUGAUACAACGUUUAUGUGGACUCGUUUAGCUGAUUGGAUAGUCUUGCUGAUUCUCUAUUCAGCUUUCUACGUAAUUGUCGUUUCAGUUUGCUCUUUCUUCUUCCCCCAUUUUGUUGUUAAAGCUAAUAGUGCACUUUUACAGAUAGGAAGAACCGGAUACCAGUGAAUAUUAAAAAGUUUGAUUCGUACAAUGUUCUAUUCCAAGUAAUGUGAUAGAAGUUUAAGAAUAAAUUAAUUGCUCAUGUAGUGGGUGUGAUAUCAAGGCAGUGGAUUUGACAAUACUGUAAUGGAUGGAGUUCAGUCUUUUAUUGUUAACGUGUAUUUUGAAACGUCAUCUGAUUGAUUGUAAAUUUCUUUCUGCAAGAAGAUAUGUUCUUACAGAUUUAAUGUUGUAAGCUGUACUCCAAACACAAUAUUUCUAUUGAAAAGGGUGCUUCAUAACUCCAGUUAUGUGAAUCGAAGUUUGUGAAAUGCUCAGAAAAGCUCAAACAAAGUUGGAUAUAUCCCACAACAGGGACAAUCCACCAAGUGUAGGAGUUGACAUAUACAUACUCAAUAGAUAAGGGGAACUAAUGCAGUAUCAGUUGAGAAUGAUAGUUCAGACGUCUUAUUCGGGAACAUUUUGGGGUUACAAUAUGGUUGCUGUGAAUUUGGUCCAUUGUUCUGUUUGGCUGCUUUAUCUUCUGUUCAAGAUGCCUCCAUUUUUGUCUAUGCUGGUUAUAGACAGCUGUUUGAUCUUCCACAUUGGUUUGCUUCACUGUCAAUUUCACUCAAGUCAGAUGUGAAUUUUGAUAAGAGUAUGAUCCCCAUGAUAUGCUUACGAGAUGGCAGUCCUCCUCUUCCAGAUGCUACAAAUACUUCUUUAAAAGCAUCAGAUCUUUUCUCUAACGGUUCUGUUGGAGGUUUACAAAAUCUUUCAAAUGUGGAACAUUGUCAUCUUUUGCAGAAAAAUAUGAUGGUUAAAUUGACAAAUGAACAGAUCUCUCCAGGAGUUUGGUAUGUUGGUUUGUUCAAUGGCAUUGGACCUGUGAGAACACAAUCUAAAAUGAUAAUUCGAGGUCCAACAUACUCGAUCAGUGCCAAUGUGAGUGUAGAAGGGUGCACAACUUCAACAAUAUGGGGCCCGUACUGCAACCAGACAGUUGACCCACUUAGAUGUGAUAUAUCUGGUGUCUACAAGCAAACAAAAUAUCUUUUAGAUGUUAAUAUGCACAACCAGACAGUGGAAAGUUUUGUUGGUUGCAGAAGUUCUUAUGAGUCUGCAUGCCACAGGGAUGGUGAACCAAAAAUUUACUCUCUGGAGGUGGUAGGGACAGCUGCACAAUUGACAAUUAUGGCCACAAAUAUCAGUUUCAAUGAAACAAAUGCUGCAAAUAAGACAGAAAAUACCAGUGGAAUUGUCUUGAUGUGUUAUGCUCGACAUGAUGCAAUUCCUUUGACAAGUUUGCAUGAUUAUUCAAGUGAUAUAAGUCAAGCACCUUUGGUUAUUAAUUCACCAAAGGUUGGUCGCUGGUUUUUCAGUAUUCAACCCAUUUAUCAGUCAGAGGUACAUGGAAAGAUGCAAGACGUAAAUGUUAAUGCUGAUCUUUGCUAUUCCAUGGAGUGGCAAGUAAUUCAAUGUCCCAUUGGAAAGGCAGGACCAAAUUGUACAUGGCAGAAAUAUGUGCUUCAGACCAUUCUUAGGAAAAAUCCCUCCGUUCCUUUUGAGUCUUAUUAUUUGCCAAUAGAUGAAAAGAUAUCCUUGGAGUCGGCUAAUUUCCCUCUGGAGCCCCUUUUAAGCAACUUCUCAUUUGGGGACCAAUUAGAUAAUGUUUGGACUUACUUUCUUCUGGACAUUCCUCAUGGUGCAGCUGGAGGCAAUAUGCAUGUCCAAUUAAAAUCAGAUAUAAAAUUGGAAUAUCAAAUAUAUGCCAGGUUUGGUGGAUUACCUUCUAAAGAUACCUGGGAUUACUAUUACGCAAACAGGACAAGUAAUAGCAAUGCGUCCAUGUUUUUCAAAUUGUAUGAUUCUAGUGAAAAAGGAGCCAAUUUUUAUAUAUUAUAUGUUAAAGAAGGCACUUGGAGUUUUGGGUUAAGGCAUGGUAAUCCUUCCAAACAUCAGACUACAAUGUCAAUUUCUAUUGAGAGAUGUCCAAAACAAUGCUCUAGUCAUGGGACAUGUCAGAAUGUUGUAGAUGCAAGUGGUUUGACACUAUACAGCUAUUGCUCUUGUGAUCGGAACCAUGGGGGAUUUGAUUGCAGUGUUGAAAUCGUCUCACGUGAAGGACAUAUAUGGCAGUCAAUUGCUCUUAUCUCAUCAAAUGCAGCAGCUUUGUUGCCAGCAUUUUGGGCCCUUCGGAAAAAGGAAUUUGCAGAGUGGGUGCUCUUCACAUCUAGUGGAAUUUCAAGUGGAUUGUAUCAUGCAUGUGAUGUGGGCACUUGGUGUGCUCUCUCCUUUCAUGUUUUGCAGGUACACGAGUUCUUUAUAGGGGGGGGAAAUGCCCCUUGCCUAAUGGUUGCCAAUUUUAUGGACUUUUGGCUUUCGUUCAUGGCUGUUGUGAGCACCUUUGUGUACCUAGCAGCUAUUGAUGAAGUUUCAAGAAGGGCAAUACAUACUUGUGUAUCAAUUCUUACAGCUCUCAUGGCUGCAACUGGAGCAACUAGGUCUGCCAAUAUAAUUAUUGUCAUAGCCAUUGGAGGUCUAGGUCUUUUUAUUGGAUGGCUAGUAGAGUUUUCUACAACACAUAGGUCAAUAUCAUGGUCAACAGGCUUCUGUUUAAAUAUCAUUGAUGGAUGGAGAGGAUGGGUCCGUAAUCUUAUCAAGACACUAUUUAAACGUUUCCACUGGGUUUUUGUGCUCCUGGGUUUCAUUGCAUUGUCCAUGGCUGCCAUUAGCUGGAAACUUGAGAGCAGUGAAAGCUACUGGAUUUGGCACAGUUUGUGGCAUGUCACCAUAUACACAUCUUCUUUCUUCUUCCUCUGCUCAAAAGUGAUGUCUGUAGACACCAGAAACCAUGAACGUUCAGAUGGAGAUUAUGCUCUAACUCGGCAGGAUUCUUUCCCAAGGGUUGGAUAAACAGAGAGGAAGUGAUAUAACAGCCAUGGGCAAUGUAAGUUUCAGGGACCAAGUGACAGAUAACCACAUUAACUAUAGUGGAUUGGUGAAUUUACAAGUUGUACAGCUCUAUUUUUCUCAGCAGAAGUUGUUCAAGAGACGCCUUCUACAGUAGUGUCUACUAUUGUGAGAAUCCAGCUUACUUUGAUGUAUAAUAGUGUCUUUGUUAGUUACCUUUGAUUUUGUAUAGUAUUACACUGAUAAAGUUGUGAUUAAUACUUGAAUCUUUUGUGAGGAUCACAAACAAGCUGCACAGCUUCCUGCAGUACGAUUUAAGUAGAGAGCCAAAUACCAAUGGCUUUUUUU